AUGGCGACGUUAUCAGAGCAAGCAUCAAAACUAUUGGACUUCAAUCAGAAGUUGGAUAUCAACUUGCUGGAUAAUAUUGUAGGAUGUAUGUAUACUGGAAUGGGAGAGCAGCAAAGGAUUGCUCAAGAUGUGUUGACAACCCUUAAAGAACAUCCUGAUGCUUGGACGAGAGUAGAUGCUAUUCUUGAAUUUUCAACGAAUCAGCAGACCAAGUAUUAUGCUCUACAAAUUUUGGAGCAAGUUAUCAAAACAAGGUGGAAAAUCCUUCCACGAAAUCAGUGUGAAGGUAUUAAGAAGUAUAUCGUAGGAUUAAUUAUUAAAACAUCAUCAGAUCCUGAAUUGAUGGAACGUGAAAAAGUUUAUUUAAAUAAAUUGAAUAUGAUUCUUGUGCAGGUUUUAAAACGCGAAUGGCCAAAAAACUGGCAAUCCUUCAUUCCAGAUAUUGUGGGUGCCAGUAAAACAAAUGAGAGCCUUUGCCAAAACAAUAUGAUAAUUUUAAAACUUUUAAGUGAGGAAGUAUUCGAUUUUUCUACGGGUCAACUUACUCAAACUAAAGGCAAACAUCUUAAAGAUUCAAUGUGUCAAGAAUUCUCUCAAAUAUUCUAUCUCUGCCAAUUUGUUCUUGAUAAUUCACAAAAUGCUCCUCUUGUGGGUGCAACAUUGGAAACGCUAUUGAGGUUUCUAAAUUGGAUUCCUUUAGGAUAUAUUUUUGAAACAAAACUAAUUCAAACUCUCAUCAUGAAAUUUUUGAAUGUCCCGAUGUUCAGGAAUGUUACAUUGAAUUGUCUAACUGAAAUCGCGGGAUUAGUGAAUGUAUCUAAUUAUGAUGCGAUGUUCAUAACUCUUUUUACUGAGACAAUGACGAAACUUCAAGAAAUGCUUCCAUCAUCAACUAAUAUUCGGGAAGCUUAUGCAGUUGGACGAGAUCAAGACCAGAAUUUUAUCCAAAAUCUUGCAAUGUUUCUUUGUACCUUUUUAAAAGAUCAUGGCAGUCUUGUUGAGAAAAAGGAGUUCAAUAAUGUUCUUUUAACAGCUCUUCUGUAUCUUGUCCGUAUUUCUGAAGUUGAAGAAGUGGAAAUCUUUAAAAUAUGCCUCGAGUACUGGAGCGCUCUUGCAUCAGAUCUGUACGAAGAAUCUCCAUUUUCUGCUCAUUGUCCAUUAUAUCACAAUAAGUUUCCUACCAGCCAUCCGAGGCGCCAAUUUUAUGCACCGAUUCUUUCUCAGGUUCGUUAUAUACUUGUUUCGAGGAUGGCUAAGCCAGAGGAAGUUUUAGUAGUUGAGAACGAAAAUGGAGAGGUUGUUAGAGAGUUUAUGAAGGAUACUGAUGCUAUUAAUCUCUACAAGAAUAUGCGAGAAACAUUAGUUUACCUUACUCAUCUGGAUUAUUCAGAUACAGAAAGAAUUAUGACCGAAAAGCUUCAAAACCAAGUGAAUGGGACCGAGUGGUCUUGGAAAAAUCUCAACACUUUGUGCUGGGCUAUUGGAAGCAUUUCUGGUGCAAUGCAUGAAGAAGAUGAAAAAAGAUUUCUUGUUACUGUUAUUAAGGAUCUGUUAGGGUUAUGUGAACAAAAGAAAGGAAAAGAUAACAAAGCAAUCAUCGCAUCCAAUAUAAUGUAUGUUGUGGGGCAGUACCCAAGGUUUUUGAAGGCACAUUGGAAGUUCCUCAAAACUGUUGUUAAUAAACUUUUUGAAUUUAUGCAUGAAACUCACGAAGGUGUCCAAGAUAUGGCAUGUGAUACAUUCAUUAAAAUAUCUAUGAAAUGUAGGAGACAUUUUGUGACAGUUCAAACCGGUGAAGUGAUUCCAUUUAUUGAGGAAAUUUUAGCAACCAUCAGGACUAUUAUCUGUGAUCUUCAAACUCAACAGAUUCAUACAUUCUAUGAAGCUGUUGGAUAUAUGAUUAAUGCUCAAGCAAAUCAAGUGGCUCAAGAUACUCUAAUAGAGAAAUACAUGAGUCUGCCAAAUCAAGUUUGGGACGACAUUAUUUCUCAGGCUUCAAAGAAUGUUGAUGUCUUAAAAGACCCUGAUGUGGUUAAGCAACUUGUGAGUAUUUUGAAAACAAAUGUCAGAGCUUGUAAGGCCUUGGGACACCCGUAUGUUGUACAGUUAGGAAGGAUUUAUUUAGAUAUGCUGAAUGUUUAUAAAGUAAUGAGUGGUAAUAUAACGGCUGCUAUCACUGCCAACGGAGAAGUUGUCACCAAACAGCCGCUUAUUAAAAGUAUGAGAGUUGUGAAAAAAGAAACUUUAAAGCUGAUAUCUGAUUGGAUAAGCCGCACGAAUGAUCACGCUAUGGUUUUAGAAAACUUCAUUCCUCACCUAUUGGAUGCCGUCCUUUUGGAUUACAAUCAUUGUAGCGUGGCCUCGGCGAGGGAACCGGAAGUGCUUUCGGGUAUGGCUACAAUAGUCAAUAAGCUUCAAGCCCAUAUCACCCCAGAGGUCCCAAAAAUUUUUGAUGCAGUUUUUGAAUGCACAUUGAAUAUGAUCAACAAAAAUUUUGAGGAAUAUCCUGAGCAUAGAACCAACUUCUUUUUGUUGCUUCAGGCAGUUAAUAGUUAUUGUUUCCCCGCAUUUUUAAAUAUCCCAUCUGCCCAGUUCAAAUUUGUCUUGGAUUCAAUUGUUUGGGCUUUCAAACAUACUAUGAGAAACGUAGCUGAGACAGGUCUUCAGAUUCUUCAUCAGCUGCUGCUCAAUGUGGAACACCAUGAACAAGCAGCGCAAAGCUUUUAUGCAACAUAUUUCACAGAUAUUCUUCAGCAUGUUUUAUCUGUUGUUACCGACACUUCACAUACUGCAAAUCUCACCUGGCAUGCACAAAUAUUAUCAUAUAUGUUCAAAUUAGUUGAAACGAGUCCUUAUGGAGUACCGCUUGGCCAACCUGGGCCGCAGAAUAUUACUUUUGUCCAAGAGUAUGUAGCAUCCAUUUUGAAAUCAGCGUUUCCCCACCUGUCUGAUAAUCAGAUUAAAAUAACUGUUCAGGGUAUGUUUAAUCUUGAACAUGACCUACCAGCUUUCAAAGAACAUCUAAGAGACUUCCUGGUUCAAAUAAGGGAGUAUACUGGGGAAGAUGAUUCUGACCUCUUCUUAGAUGAAAGAGAAGCUGAAUUGAGAAGGGCCCAAGAGGAAAAGAGGAGAGCUCAAUUAUUAGUUCCCGGUAUUAUUAAUCCUCACGAUUUACCUGAAGAAAUGCAGGAUUGA